GCCGCCUCGGGAAGCAGAGGAGUGGCCGGAGAGCGGUGCAGGAUGGAGGGUGGUGAGCAGCUCCUCCCCAAGGGUUUCCCCAAGCUGAAGAACGACAUGUUCCUGCGGGCAGCGCGUGGGGAGGAGACGGAACACACCCCGGUGUGGUGCAUGCGGCAGGCAGGGCGCUACCUGCCCGAGUUUCGGGAGACCAGGGCAGGGCAGGAUUUCUUUGCCACUUGCCGGAGCCCCAAAUUGUGCUGUGAGCUGACGCUGCAGCCACUCAGACGAUUCCCCCUGGAUGCUGCCAUCAUCUUCUCUGACAUCUUGGUGGUGCCUCAGGCACUGGGCAUGGAGGUUGUCAUGGUUCCUGGGAAAGGACCCACGUUCACAGAGCCCCUGAAGGAGGUGGAGGAUCUGCUGAAACUACGACAGAAGGUGGACGUGACAGCAGAGCUGGGUUACGUUUUCCAGGCCAUCACGUUGACACGACACAAGCUGGAGGGCAGGGUGCCCCUCAUCGGCUUCUCUGGGGCACCUUGGACACUCAUGUCCUACAUGAUUGAAGGUGGUGGCUCCACUACAAUGGCCAAGGCCAAGAGCUGGCUCUACCGUCACCCUGAGGCAAGCCACCGACUGCUGCAGCUGCUGGCCGACGUCAUCACUGACUACCUCGUGGGGCAGGUGGCUGCUGGAGCGCAGGCGCUCCAGCUGUUUGAGUCCCACGCAGGGCACCUGGGCCCGGAGCAGUUUCAGGACUUCGCGCUGCCCUACAUCCGAGACAUCGCCCAGGCUGUCAAGAGCAGGCUGAAGGAGGAGGCGCUGCCCCUGGUGCCCAUGAUCGUCUUUGCGAAGGAUGCGCACUACGCGCUGCGUGACCUGGCCCGUGCAGGUUAUGAGGUGGUCGGUCUUGACUGGACCAUCCGGCCCCAGGAAGCUCGUGCACAGACAGGGAAAGACAUCACCCUGCAAGGGAACCUGGAUCCUUGUGCUCUCUACGCACCCAAGGAGAAGAUCGGCGAGCUGGUGAAGAAGAUGCUAGAAGGUUUUGGGACCCAACGCUACAUCGCCAACCUGGGCCACGGCCUUUACCCUGACAUGAGCCCUGAGCAUGUGGGUGCCUUCGUGGAGGCUGUGCAUGCUCAUUCCCGCCACAUCAACAAGCACAGCUGAGCCUGGGGGGCUUGGGGCCAGGACUCCAGUUUGGGCAGUCACCCUAAAUAGUGUUGUCACAGGGCCUGCUUCAGGCUGGGCUGCAGCAUUAAACCAGCACCUUCUC